AUGCACACCGCUGUGUCUGCCUUCUUUCUUCUUUUUUGGAUUCAUGCUGGAUCGUCAUCAAAUAGUAGUUCUACACCGAUUCAAAUCAAAUCAGUUGGUGGUACAGCAGUACAGGCCUUAUACGUGAAAUAUCAACCAGGUGGUGGUCAGUCGUUUCCCCAAAUGGAUAUCUUCACUUAUGUUAACGGCGUAAAUGAGGCAUUUCAUAUCACUCGUAACACACUGUUCAAAGUUACAUUUCAAGGCGCUGCGUAUAAUGCUCCACAGGGUCCCCUAGCCAUACAAAUUGUGGUCAAUGAUUACUUGAUUAUCGGGAACAAAGUUGUACCGAAUAGUGCCGCGCGUAUUAAUUAUGGUUUAGGUACAUCGAUAUUUGCAGUUGACAUAUUGAAUGGUUAUUAUCAAGUAGACUCAGACGUUAUCGGAAUUGUAAUGCCUGUGACAAGAGUAGCCUACGUCUAUUUGGCUCCUGGUAUUUAUUCGUUCAACGUUGGAGUACGUAGUUUCCAAUCUCACGGAAAUGUUGAUGGUGCAACUGUGACAUAUGAACUAACACAAUCACCGAAUGCUAAUGAGAAGACGAUAGGGACAUUUCCAUUAGUCAAAACAUUUGCCAAAUAG